AUGACUGACAAAUCAAUCAUCAUUCUGAGCCUGAUGGUUUUUCACAGCUCUUUCAUAAAUGGAAAAACAUGUAGACGGCAAUUGGUGGAAGAAUGGCAUCCACAACCCUCAUCAUAUGUGGUAAAUUGGACACUAACAGAAAACAUCUGCUUGGACUUCUACAGAGAUUGCUGGUUUUUGGGUGUAAACACUAAAAUAGAUACUUCAGGCAAUCAAGCUGUUCCCCAGAUUUGCCCUUUGCAAAUUCAAUUAGGAGAUAUCCUUGUAAUUUCUUCUGAACCAUCUCUUCAAUUUCCAGAAAUAAAUUUGAUGAAUGUUUCUGAAACAUCUUUCAUUGACUGUGUGCAAAAUACCACAACGGAAGAUCAGUUACUUUUUGGUUGCAGACUAAAAGGAAUGCACACUGUUAAUUCUAAGUGGCUGAGUGUUGGGACACAUUAUUUUAUCACAGUUAUGGCAAGUGGUCCAUCACCUUGUCCACUGGGACUUCGACUAAAUGUGACAGUGAAACAGCAGUUCUGCCAGGAAUCUCUGAGUUCAGAAUUUUGCUCUGGUCAUGGUAAAUGUCUUAGUGAAGCUUGGAGCAAGACAUAUAACUGCCAUUGCCAGCCUCCAUUUUCUGGAAAAUACUGCCAGGAACUUGAUGCAUGUUCUUUUAAACCAUGUAAAAAUAAUGGCAGUUGCAUUAAUAAAAGAGAAAAUUUGGAUGAGCAAGCAUAUGAAUGUGUCUGUCACCCACCAUUUACAGGAAAGAAUUGCUCAGAAAUAAUUGGCCAAUAUCAACCACAUGUCUGUUUCCAUGGAAACUGCAGCAAUAUUACUUCAAAUAGUUUCAUUUGUGAAUGUGAUGAGCAAUUUUCAGGUCCAUCCUGUGAAGUGUCAAAAAAACCUUGUGUUUCUCUGCUUUGUUGGAAAAGAGGAAUUUGCCCAAAUAGCAGUUCUGCUUACACUUAUGAAUGCCCAAAAGGAUCUUCCAGCCAAAAUGGUGAAACCGAUGUCAGUGAGUGUUCAUUAGUACCAUGUCAGAAUGGUACUGACUGCAUCAAAAUAUCAAAUGAUGUUAUGUGCAUCUGUUCACCAAUAUUUACAGAUUUGCUUUGUAAGAGCAUUCAAAAAUCAUGUGAGUCAUUUCCUUUGAGGAAUAACGCUACAUGUAAGAAGUGUGAGAAAGAUUAUCAUUGCAGCUGUUUAUCAGGAUUUACUGAAAAAAACUGUGAGAAAGUAAUUGACCACUGUAGACUGCUCAGCAUCAACUGUCUGAAUGAAGAAUGGUGUUUCAAUAUAAUUGGAAGAUUCAAAUAUGUAUGCAUUCCAGGGUGCACAAGAAAUCCAUGUUGGUUUUUGAAGAAUGUUUACCUAAUUCAUCAACACCUCUGCUACUGUGGAGUCACCUUCCGUGGUAUUUGCCAAGGUAAAUGUCCUGCUCAAUUUGAAUAUGUGUGGCAAUUAGGAUUUGCAGGAUCUGAAGGUGAAAAGUGCCAAGAGGUUAUUGAUGUCAAUUUCUUUCUGGCUGCAAACUGCACUGAAGAGGCAAUCUAUGUGAAUGAUCCUGAAGAUAAUAAUUCUUCAUGUUGGUUUCCAUGUGAAGGCACAAAAGAGAUUUGUGCAAAUGGAUGCAGUUGUUUGAGUGAAGAAGACAGUCAGGAAUAUCAGUAUCUAUGUUUUCUCAGAUGGGCUGACAACAUGUAUCUGGAAAAUACAACUGAUGAUCAAGAAAAUGAGUGUCAACAUGAAGCUAUUUGUAAAGAUGAAAUUAAUAGACCCAGAUGCAGCUGUUCUCUUAGUUACAUUGGCAGAUUGUGUGUUGUCAAUGUUGACUAUUGCUUAGGGAACCAGAGUAUAUCAGUGCAUGGCCUCUGCCUGGCCCUUUCGCACAAUUGUAACCGUAGUGGUCUGCAAAGAUGUGAAAGGAACAUCUGUGAGACAGAUACUGAAGAUUGCAAAUCUGUGUCCUGCAAAAAUGGAACAACUAGUAUACAUUUAUGGGGAUAUUUCUUCUGCAAGUGUGUCCCAGGAUUUAAAGGUAUGCAAUGUGAAAUUGAUAUAGAUGAGUGUGCUUCACAUCCCUGCAAAAAUGGAGCCACCUGCAUUGACCAACCUGGUAAUUACUUCUGCCCGUGUGUGCCUCCGUUUAAAGUGGUUGAUGGCUUUUCCUGCUUAUGCAAUCCAGGCUAUGUUGGGAUAAGAUGUGAACAGCACAUUGAUGACUGCAUCCUGAAUGCCUGUGAGCACAAUUCUACCUGCAAAGAUCUGCAUCUCAGCUACCAGUGUGUGUGCCUAUCUGGUUGGGAAGGAAAUUUUUGUGAACAAGAAUCCAAUGAGUGUAAGAUGAAUCCCUGUGAGAAUAAUUCCACCUGUACUGACCUCUACAAAAGCUAUCGAUGUGAGUGUACUUCUGGAUGGACUGGACAGAACUGUAGUGAAGAAAUAAAUGAAUGCGACUCUGAUCCAUGCAUGAAUGGAGGUCUUUGUCAUGAAUCUACCAUCCCUGGACAAUUUGUAUGUCUGUGCCCACCUCUUUAUACUGGACAAUUUUGCCACCAACGCUAUAACCCUUGUGACCUACUUAAUAACCCUUGCAGAAACAACUCAACAUGCUUAGCUUUGGUAGAUGGAAAUCAGCAUUGUAUUUGUAGAGAAGAAUUUGAAGGUAAACACUGUGAAAUUGAUGUGAAAGAGUGCCUCUUCCUUUCCUGCCAGGAUUAUGGCGACUGUGAAGAUAUGGUCAACAAUUUCAGGUGUAUUUGCAGACCUGGGUUUUCUGGAUCUCUAUGUGAAAUUGAAAUUAAUGAAUGUUCCUCUGAACCUUGCAAAAAUAAUGGAACAUGUGUGGAUCUGACAAACAGAUUUUUUUAUAAUUGUGAACCUGGGUGUCAUGGGCCCUUCUGUGAACUUGAUGUAAAUAAAUGUAAAAUCUCACCUUGUCUAGAUGAAGAAAAUUGUGUCUACAGGACUGAUGGAUACAACUGCCUCUGUGCCCCUGGUUAUACAGGCAUCGAUUGUGAAAUAAAUCUAGAUGAAUGCCUAUCAGAGCCCUGUCUCCAUGAUGGAGUUUGUAUCGAUGGCAUCAAUCAUUAUACUUGUGACUGCAAGAGUGGGUUUUUUGGAACACACUGUGAAACAAAUGCAAAUGAUUGCCUUUCAAAUCCUUGUCUACAUGGAAGGUGCACAGAACUUACUAAUGAAUAUCCAUGUUCAUGUGACACAGAUGGGACUGGCACACAAUGUAAGAUCAAAAUUAAUGACUGCACAUCAAUCCCUUGUAUGAAUGAAGGCUUCUGUCAGAAGUCGGCACAUGGGUUUACUUGCAUUUGCCCACGUGGAUACACUGGUGCAUACUGUGAAAAAAGCAUUGAUAAUUGUGCUGAGCCUGAACUUAAGUCAGUCAUCUGUCUUAAUGGAGGGAUUUGUGUUGAUGGGCCUGGACACACUUUUGACUGCAGAUGUCUUCCUGGAUUUUCUGGUCAAUUUUGUGAAAUCAAUAUAAAUGAAUGCUCUUCAUCACCAUGUCUACAUGGUGCAGACUGUGAAGAUCACAUCAAUGGAUAUGUUUGCAAAUGCCAACCAGGAUGGUCUGGACACCACUGUGAGAAAGAACUUGAGUGCAUUCCCAACUCAUGUGUUCAUGAACUCUGCUUGGAAAAUGAACCUGGCUCAACAUGUUUAUGCACACCUGGAUUUAUGACCUGCUCCAUUGGGCUUCUUUGUGGUGAUGAAAUAAGAAGAAUUACCUGUUUAACUCCCAUCUUUCAAAGAACAGAUCCCGUUUCCACACAGACAUAUACAGUUCCCCCUUCUGAGACUUUGGUCAGCAGCUUUCCAUCUAUAAAGGCUACUAGAAUACCAGCCAUAAUGGACACUUACCCAGUUGAUCAAGGUCCGAAACAGACAGGCAUUGUCAAGCAUGACAUUCUCCCAACCACUGGUUUGGCAACGUUAAGAAUUAGCACACCCUUGGAAAGCUACUUACUCGAAGAACUGAUUGUCACUAGAGAGCUUUCAGCAAAACACAGUCUUCUUUCUUCCGCAGAUGUUUCCUCUUCUCGAUUCCUGAGUUUUGGUAUUCAUGACCCAGCACAAAUUGUCCAGGACAAAACAUCGGUAUCACAUAUACUUAUUCGAACUUCAGCAGCCACACUAGGUUUCUUUUUUCCUGAUGGGAGAGCAAGGACCCCAUUUAUCAUGUCUUCCUUAAUGUCAGAUUUUAUUUUUCCUACACAAUCUUUAUUAUUUGAGAACUAUCAGACUGUUGCUUCAUCUGCUACCCCAAUGACUUCAGUAAUUAGAAGCAUUCCAGGGGCUGAUAUUGAGCUAAACAGGCACUCAUUACUCUCCCGUGGAUUCCUGCUUACAGCUGCCUCCAUAAGUGCAACUCCAGUUGUCUCUAGGGGGGCUCAAGAGGAUACUGAAGAAUAUUCAGCUGAUUCUUUAAUUUCAAGAAGAGAGCACUGGAGAUUGCUCAGCCCCUCGAUGUCUCCCAUUUUUCCUCCUAAGAUAAUUAUAUCUAAACAGGUAACCAUCUUAAACUCAUCAGCUCUGCACCGGUUCAGUACAAAAGCCUUCAUUCCCAGUGAAUAUCAGGCUAUUACUGAAGCUUCAAGCAACCAGAGACUCACAAACAUCAAAUCACAGGCUGCUGAUUCUUUAAGAGAAUUAAGCCAAACAUGUGCAACAUGUUCUAUGACUGAAAUAAAAUCCUCUCGUGAAUUCUCAGAUCAAGUUUUGCAUAGCAAACAGUCCCACUUUUAUGAGACAUUCUGGAUGAACUCAGCGAUAUUAGCCAGCUGGUAUGCACUAAUGGGAGCUCAAACUAUCACUUCUGGGCAUUCAUUUUCUUCUGCUACUGAAAUAACACCAUCAGUGGCAUUCACAGAAGUGCCAUCUUUAUUUCCUUCUAAAAAGAGUGCAAAUAGAACAAUUUUAUCCUCAUCCUUGGAAGAAUCCAUUACCCUAUCAAGUAAUUUGGAUGUUAAUUUAUGUUUGGAUAAGACUUGUUUAUCCAUUGUCCCUUCACAAACUAUCUCUUCAGACUUGAUGAAUUCUGAUUUGACUUCAAAAAUGACUACUGAUGAACUGUCAGUAUCAGAAAACAUUUUAAAACUAUUGAAAAUAAGACAAUAUGGCAUAACUAUGGGCCCCACUGAGGUACUAAAUCAAGACAGCUUAUUGGAUAUGGAAAAAAGUAAAGGAUCUCAUACACCGUUCAAACUUCACCCAAGUGACAGUUCUCUGGAUUUUGAGUUUAACUUACAAAUUUAUCCGGAUGUUACUUUAAAGAGAUAUUCAGAAAUUACACAUGCAAAUGACUUCAAAAAUAAUCUGCCACCAUUGACAGGCUCAGUGCCUGAUAUUUCAGAAGUCACCACCGAUGUUGCAUUUUAUACAGUUUCAGCAACUCCAGCACUUUCAAUACAGACGUCUUCCUCCAUGUCUGUAAUUAGGCCAGAUUGGCCAUAUUUUACAGAUUAUAUGACCUCUCUUAAAAAAGAGGUCAAGACUUCUUCAGAAUGGUCCAAAUGGGAACUUCAGCCUAGUGUGCAAUAUCAGGAAUUUCCCACUGCAAGCUGGCAUCUUCCCUUCACUAGAUCUCUUACUUUGUCUUCACUGGAAUCCAUUCUGGCACCUCAACGGCUGAUGAUUCCCGAUUUCAAUUGUGUUCGUUAUCAUGGAGAUUCCUAUCUAGAAUUUCAGAAUGUGGUUUUAAAUCCACAAAAUAACAUCUCCCUAGAAUUUCAGACUUUCAGCUCCUAUGGACUUCUGCUGUAUGUCAAGCAAGACUCAAAUUUAGUGGAUGGAUUUUUUAUUCAGUUGUUUAUUGAAAAUGGUACUUUAAAGUACCACUUCUACUGUCCUGGUGAAGCAAAAUUUAAAAGCAUUAAUACUACUGUUAGAGUGGACGACGGACAAAAGUAUACACUGCUUAUCAGACAAGAAUUGGAUCCAUGUAAAGCUGAGCUGACUAUUUUAGGGAGGAAUACACAAACAUGCGAAUCUAUCAAUCAUGUACUUGGAAAAACCCAGCCAAAAUCAGGAUCUGUCUUUAUUGGUGGAUUUCCAGACCUUCAUGGGAAAAUCCAGAUGCCUGUACCAGUCAAGAAUUUUACUGGCUGCAUAGAAGUUAUAGAAAUAAAUAACUGGAGAUCUUUCAUUCCAUCCAAGGCAGUGAAAAACUAUCACAUUAACAAUUGCAGAUCCCAGGGAUUUAUGCUGUCUCCAACAGCCUCCUUUGUUGAUGCUUCUGAUGUGACACAAGGGGUUGAUACCACGUGGACUUCUGACAGCCCCUCUGUUGCAGCACCCUCUGUGUGCCAGCAGGAUGUAUGCCACAAUGGAGGCACAUGCCACCCCAUCUUCCUCUCCAGUAGUAUAGUGUCAUUCCAAUGUGACUGUCCACUACAUUUCACUGGCCGCUUCUGUGAAAAAGAUGCAGAUUUAUUUUUUCCAUCUUUCAAUGGGAAUUCCUAUUUAGAACUGCCGUUUUUGAAGUUUAUCCUGGAGAAGGAACAUAACAGAACUGUUACCAUCUACUUGACUAUGAAAACAAACAGUUUAAAUGGAACUAUUCUUUACAGUAAUGGGAAUAAUUUUGGAAAUCAGUUUCUUCAUUUAUUUCUUGUGGAAGGAAGGCCAUCGGUUAAAUAUGGAUGUGGAAAUUCACAAAAUAUUUUGACUGUUUCUGCUAAUUACAGCAUUAACACAAAUGCAUUCACCCCUAUCACAAUACGCUACACAAUGCCUGUUGGCAGCCCUGGAGUUGUUUGUACGAUUGAAAUGACUGCAGAUGGAAAACCUCCAGUACAGAAGAAAGACACAGAGAUUUCCCAGGCCUCUCAGGCAUAUUUUGAAUCAAUGUUCCUUGGCCAUAUUCCUGCAAAUGUUCAAAUUCAUAAGAAAGCAGGUCCUGUUUAUGGGUUCAGGGGCUGCAUUCUAGACCUUCAAGUAAACAACAAAGAAUUCUUCAUCAUCGAUGAAGCACUACGUGGAAAGAAUAUUGAGAACUGCCAUGUCCCUUGGUGUGCUCAUCAUCUGUGCCGCAACAAUGGCACCUGCAUCAGUGAUAAUGAAAAUCUGUUUUGCGAGUGUCCAAGGCUGUAUUCAGGCAAGCUGUGCCAGUUUGCAAGUUGUGAAAACAACCCAUGUGGAAAUGGUGCCACCUGUGUUCCAAAAUCCGGAACAGAUAUUGUCUGCCUCUGCCCAUAUGGGAGGUCUGGACCCCUCUGCACUGAUGCUAUUAAUAUUACUCAGCCGAGGUUCAGUGGCACAGAUGCCUUUGGAUACACCUCUUUCCUGGCUUAUUCACGGAUCUCAGACAUCAGCUUCCAUUAUGAAUUCCACCUGAAGUUUCAGCUGGCAAACAACCACUCAGCGCUGCAAAAUAACUUGAUAUUUUUUACUGGACAGAAAGGCCAUGGGUUGAAUGGCGAUGACUUCCUGGCUGUGGGCCUGCUCAAUGGCAGUGUGGUUUAUAGUUAUAACCUGGGGUCUGGCAUAGCAAGCAUCAGGAGCGAGCCCCUCAAUCUGAGCCUUGGAGUCCACAAUGUUCAUCUGGGGAAGUUCUUCCAAGAGGGCUGGCUGAAGGUAGAUGAUCAUAAAAAUAAAUCCAUUAUUGCCCCAGGAAGACUGGUUGGUCUCAAUGCCUUCAGUGAGUUUUAUGUAGGUGGCUACAGUGAAUACACUCCAGAUCUCUUACCAAAUGGAGCAGAUUUUAAAAAUGGUUUUCAAGGCUGUAUUUUCACUCUUCAAGUUCGCACUGAGAAGGAUAGCCGUUUCAGAGGACUGGGAAAUCCCGAGGACCACCCAAAUGCUGGACGCAGUGUUGGCCAGUGUCAUGCUUCUCCCUGCAGUUUAAUGAAAUGCGGCAAUGGUGGGACAUGCAUAGAGAGUGGAACUAGUGUUUACUGCAACUGUACCACUGGGUGGAAAGGAGCAUUCUGCACAGAGACAGUUUCCACCUGUGAUCCUGAACAUGACCCUCCACACCACUGUAGCAGAGGAGCAACCUGCAUUUCAUUACCUCGUGGAUACACCUGUUUCUGUCCUCUAGGAACCACUGGAAUCUACUGUGAACAAGCACUUAUCUUCACUGUGAUCUUGGAAAAGCCAAAACCAGCAGAAUGGAAAGUGAAGAAGGAGGCUUUAUCCAUAAGUGAUCCAUCUUUCAGAAGCAAUGAGUUAUCCUGGAUGUCUUUUGCUUCCUUUCAUGUUCGAAAAAAGACACAUAUUCAAUUGCAGUUUCAGCCUCUCGCUGCAGAUGGUAUCCUAUUUUAUGCGGCACAACACUUAAAAGCCCAAUCAGGUGAUUUUUUAUGUAUCUCUUUAGUAAAUAGUUCCGUUCAACUUCGCUACAACCUUGGUGACAGAACUAUCAUUCUAGAAACUCUCCAAAAAGUAACUAUAAACGGAAGUACUUGGCAUAUAAUAAAAGCAGGAAGAGUUGGUGCAGAAGGCUACCUGGAUCUAGAUGGGAUAAAUGUAACAGAAAAAGCCUCCACUAAAAUGAGUUCUCUGGACACAAAUACAGACUUCUAUAUUGGAGGAGUAUCUUCUUUAAAUCUUGUAAAUCCCAUGGCAAUAGAAAAUGAACCUGUAGGUUUUCAAGGCUGUAUCCGACAAGUUAUCAUAAAUAAUCAAGAAUUACAAUUAACUGAAUUCGGAGCAAAAGGUGGUUCAAAUGUAGGUGACUGUGAUGGGACAGCCUGUGGGUACAACACAUGCAGAAAUGGAGGUGAAUGUACAGUAAAUGGCACAACUUUUUCUUGCAGAUGUUUGCCAGAUUGGGCUGGAAAUACAUGUAACCAGUCUGUGUACUGUUUGAAUAAUCUUUGCCUCCACCAAUCUUUAUGUAUACCUGACCAAUCAUUUUCUUACAGUUGCCUGUGUACUUUGGGUUGGGUGGGAAGGUAUUGUGAAAACAAAACUUCAUUUUCAACUGCAAAAUUUAUGGGUAAUUCUUACAUUAAAUACACUGAUCCAAAUUAUAGAAUGAGAAACCUCCAGUUCACUACUAUAUCCUUAAAUUUCAGUACCACUAAAACAGAAGGUCUAAUUGUAUGGAUGGGAACAGCUCAAAAUGAAGAAAAUGAUUUUCUGGCAAUUGGUCUCCAUAAUCAGACCUUGAAAAUAGCAGUUAACUUAGGAGAAAGAAUCUCUGUGCCUAUGAGCUAUAACAAUGGCACAUUCUGUUGUAAUAAGUGGCACCAUGUAGUUGUAAUUCAAAAUCAGACUCUUAUCAAGGCCUACGUAAAUAACAGUCUAAUUCUUUCUGAGGAUAUUGAUCCACAUAAACACUUUGUUGCUCUAAACUAUGAUGGCAUUUGUUAUCUAGGGGGCUUUGAAUAUGGUAGAAAGGUAAAUAUCGUUACUCAAGAGAUUUUUAAAACCAAUUUUGUUGGCAAAAUUAAAGAUGUAUUUUUUCAGGAUCCAAAAAAAAUUGAACUAAUUAAAUUAGAAGGAUACAAUGUUUAUGAUGGAGAUGAACAAAAUGAGGUUACUUAACACUGGAGAUUUUAGUACACACUAUACAUAAAUGCAGUUAUUUUGAUAGUUAUUUCUUUGAUACAUUGCACAAGGGGAAUCAACUGUUUACUAUUACCUGAAAUAGUCUAAAUGCUAACAUAUCUUUUUGAUAAGAUUGUAAAAUGUCACUGAAGGUUCUGACUGUUUUACCUACAUCUAAUUUAUCUGUAUAUAUUUUGAUUCAUGUUUUAACUCCAUUAGUUCAUUCAGUGCUUAUUCACAGAAUGUGCUUAUUCACUUUGCUUAUUCACUUUUUACCUAUCCCUAAUCCUUAAAUUUUAACAUCAAUGUGUAAACACAAUUUUGAAAAUCAAUGUGUAAACUGAACUUUAAAAUGUUUAAAAUUCAGUUGGUAAUGAAUUAGGGAUAGGUACAAAUAAGAAAAAAAUCAAGUUAUUAAUCAAAGGAAAAAUAAAAAUUAUACAAAGCAAUGUAA